CGUGACGGAGCAAUAAUUAUCAGAAUUAUCGAAACCGGAACUGUUGGUUGUCACUAUUUGCUUCAUAUCUUGCUAGUUGUCGGUCGUGUGCAAUUCUUCUCAGUAAUCGCCAGCGCUAUUGUGUUUUCGUCGCGAAUUAGGAAAAUACCGUAUCCGGUCGCAGAAUUUUCAUUGUUCAAAAAAAAUAUCUAUACGUUCUCCAUUUUAAUUCCGUCCGCUGAACAACAAGUACAGUAGUUCCUUUGUUUGAAUCAAGUGUUGUUCCUUUUGUUUGCGAUGGAAAAAAACGGGAACCCCGAAUAUCAGUAAAUACCUGGACCCAUUUUUCGUUUUGUUUUUGGAUUAUUCUCUUCGGGAUCCCAUCUUAUUGUGUCAUUGUUUCAGAUACGAAAAUGGCAACGGCGAUGUCGCCACUUCGACCAGCAGCACUCAGACAACACAAAUCGAUGGACUGACCGGAUUUAAUCGACGUUCCGAAGAUGUUGGCGAUGCUUUUGGGAGUCCAUUGUGAGUCAUUACAGUAUAAUAUAAUAAUAAUUGCCUUUGUUUUGUCCGGUGAACAAAAAAAAACAUUGUUUUCGAUUAUUAUCACAUACCUGUCUUUGUUGAGCAAUCUUUAAUCAUUCUAUUUAAUGUAUAGUAGUCACUUUAUGACGACUUACUAAAUAAUACAAAUCAUUUAUCUUGAUACACACUCGUAACAUUAUACUUAAUUUUUUUUCAUUAGUUAAUAACAAUAAUUUUCAAAAUCAUUUAUUAUUGAGACAAUUAGAUACUCAGUUUACUGAAUAAUUUUUUUACAUAUAAUUGAAUACGACUCUGUUAAUUUAAAAUAAGUGUCCUUUAGAAUAUAAUCUUUAAAAGACAUUGAAUGGUUUAAUAUGAGAAUAGAUCUGUUAAUAUAAUACUAUUAAGUUAAUGAGGUGUGAACAUACAUGUAUGUAGAUACACAGGUAAACGAAGAAAUGAUCCCCACGAAGAAACGCUUUGUGCGAACAAUCUGUAUAUAAUAAUUUUUACAAAAACAAUUAGUCCCUGCUCAAUUUUAUAUUAAUAUCACAUUUUUGAAUAUAUGAUAAAACAAAAAACAAAUUUUUGUCAGUAAAAAUUAAUUAGGGUUACCAUUUAUCAAAAUUUUUUUUUUUUUUUAAUAAAUGGCUAAAGUACCUAGGUAUUUUAGUUAACAUCAUAUGUCUGUUUUUAAUUUUAUACUGACGAACUGUAAUCAUGUAAUAAUUCUAAGUUAGAUUUUUUUUCACAGUUUUAAUUAAAAUCAAAUUGCUGAUUAAUAAUAUUAAUAUAAUUUGUGUACACAUCACUUGUCUCCGUUCUUUGACAACCAAAUCUUGCACGUUUUUUUUUUAACUUUAUGUCGAUCCAAUUUUUUUAAAUUAUUAAAAAUAACUUUCCUAUUUAUAGUAUAAGUAGUAAAUUACAUAGUAUGAUGUUACACUAACUUCGCUUAUUUCUUGUUGCCGAGUGUCUACAUUUUUUUUUUUAUUGUGUCUUAAUUAAGUGGUCAUAAUUUCAUUUGUUACUGGUAUUUUGAAUAUGUUAAAUUCCAAUUGCUCAAAUCCUGUGUGAGACUCAUCUAAUCUACUUUGCAAAUUAUUUGUACAUUUAAAAUUUAAAUGUAUAUUUAAAAGUGAUAAAAAUAAAAUAUAUAUACCUAUUUAACUUGCUUAUAUAAUUUUUACUCAUUGCUUAUUAUUUAUUUUCUGUACAUAUUUUUUAAUUUAAUGUAUUUUGUUGUUUUCGUGUUCAAAAUAUAGGAGCAAGAAAGUCCUCACUCAUUUAGUAGGCAACUGUUUUGGGUAAGCCAUAGGGACAGGUGGUAUAGUCUAUUCAGGUUAAGAGUGCCCAACUCGCGCAUGCAUACCAAGCUGCCGACAACUGUCAGACCCUGUGAUUGGUCGGCAUUGUUUGAUCACUAUCGUUGUUUAUCGGAGUCGGCAACGCGCCGCCGUGUAUACCAUACGAUAAUAAAAACAAAACAGGUAUUCUCCGUUGCGUCAUAUUUUAUAUUAUUAUACAAAUGAUAUACAAAAUUACAAAUACAUAAAUUAAUACAAAAUUAAAGAUAUUUACAAAAAAAAAAAAAAUGUUUUAAUUAAAUUUUCAUUCUGAAUCAGAUGUUGUCUCUGACGACGUGUCUCGCUACCCAACUAUUUCGUUUCUUUCGGUCAUAGCACUGUUUCGACUUCGCUUUGUAUAUCAAAAAUCCAUUUUCUUCAUUAAGUGGUAUAAAUUGGUUCACGAUAUUACUGGCAAACUCUUGUCAGCAGAUACAAUUUGGUGGAUUUUGUCCAUUGUAGGAAUUUCGCGUCGAAACCAAAUUUGGUAAACGUGACUACGGACAGCAUUUCUUUCAAAUUCACCAAACCGAUCGAUGUAAGACUGUCUUGAACGUUUUGGAAUUGGAGCAGCCACCGAUUUCGUAUUAUUAUACUCCGUAAUUAUUUUUUGAAUUGUCCGUUCCCCAACACCUAUUUGGUCCGAAAUGAUUUUUCUAAUCUGCCUUACAGACUUAUUAGGGUCUGACAACAAAAUUGUUUUAUAAGAAUUUACAAUUCUUUGUUUUUCACCUGUAUUGAUAAUCUGAAAUAAAAAUACUUUGUGCUUAUAAUAUAUUUUAAUGUAAAAAUUCGAAAAAAAAAAUGAUGUAAUAAAUAAAAUAAAUAAGGAUUGAAAUAUUGAUGGCUAAAAUUGAAAUAAAUGUACAAAAGAGAUUCAAAAUACUCGUUAGUCUGAAGGUUAAAAAAAUGAUAUUUGCAUUUUGUAUAUUUAUAUAAAUUAUAAUAUGUACUCACUUUUCCAUAUUUAUUUCUUUUAAUUGGAGAUGGUCCUGAUGGUCCUGCUUGUUCAUUUUCAUCACUGCUGAAAUUAUCCAUGUUUGGUAAAAAAAUAAUUAAACAAGUUAAAAAAACGGACGGCGUGAAAUGUUCGGUUUGUUUGUAGUACAGCCACGGUGUGUUGUGAAAACGUUGUGAUACUAUACCACACUAUGUAUAACGCGUGUCGGUACACCACACUGCUCCCUGUAGAAAAAUACAUGCGCGAACUGAACUGGUUUUCGUCCGAGCGAGUGGGCACUCUUAACCUGAAUAGACUAUAGUGUUAUAUUAUUUUAAUAAACCUCAACAAAUUAUUAUGUAUGAAAUAAUUAUUCUCUGUAAAAUUAAAUUAACUAAAAUGUUUAAUUUGUUUAUCACAAAAGUAUUGGAAUAGGUAUUAAUUUUUUAAAUAAUGUACAACCUUUAGUUACAAAAGAGACAAAAAUGUUAAACAUUAUGCAAUAAACAUUUAUAAAAUAUAUAGAUAAUCACAACUUUGGUAUUCUAGACAUUUAAAACUUUGAAAAUCCAAUAGUAAAUAUGAAUCCAUAACUUCAAAAGUUAAAGAUUUAAAUUAAGUCUUAAAUUUAAUUUUUAAAUAAAGUAAAUGCACAUAAUAUUAAUUUAAUUUAAAUUGUUUUAUGUUAUUUGCCCUAGAUUCCGUAUGAUUACUUUUGAUUUUUUUAGUAUAAUAAAUAUUUAUUUAAAAAGUAAUUGAAUUCCUUAUCUAAUAACCGUAUGUCUUUAUAUUAGAUACCUAAAGUUAAAAUUGAUUUUAUUUAUUUGUUAGUUAUGCAUUAAGUAAAUUAGGUAAAUUUUUUUUUAAUUGUAGUUUUCAAAGUCAAUCUCGGCGUUCACUUGGUAUUAGUCCAACAGAUAAGGAUGCAUGGUUUUACAAUAUGAAACAUAAGCACCGCGGAAAGGCUAUAAUCUUUAAUCAUGAAAACUUUGAAGUUCGAGAUCUUAAAUCUAGGAGUGGUACUGGAACGGACUGUUACCAUUUAGAGGCAGCCUUAAGAAAUCUUGGAUUUGAUGUUACACCAUAUGUUGAUUUAACAUUAAAUGAAAUGAAUAAAAAACUCAAUUAUUGUAUGUAUAUUUUUAUAUAGGAUAUAUAUUGUUUUAUAUGAUUAAUUACAAACCAUCUACAGAAUAUUAUUCAUAUUGAUGUUAAAUAGUUUUGUAUUUAACUAACAUAGCUAUUUUUAUUUUGAUUUUCAUCAUAUUAAUUAGUUGUUUAUUUUUUAGGGUCUGAAGAAGUUGAUUAUUCUGACUAUGAUUGCUUAUUGAUGGCAGUUCUUUCUCACGGUGAACAAGGAAUUAUUUAUGCCAAGGAUGGACCUUAUAAGCCAGAGGACCAACUUUGGGGAAGAUUUACUGGUGACAAAUGUUUAUCUUUAGCGAACAAGCCAAAGUUAUUUUUCAUUCAGGCUUGUCAAGGAGAUCGAUUGGAUAAAGGAAUUACGAUGAGAACACAAGUGGAUGGAGGUGGAUCUUCAUUUAAAAUACCUAUUCAUGCAGAUUUUCUUAUUGCAUACUCAACUAUACCUGGUAAGUAAACAAUUUAUUUUCAUAUUAUAUAAUUUUAUUAUUAGAUGCAAAUAAUAAUCUUUUUAAAAACAAACAAAUUUUAAUUUAAUAAAAUUAAUCAAACCAAUUUUAUUGAAUUCUAAAUCAUGUAUAUUGUAUAUGAUUAAAGUAAUUAAUAGCUUGUAAUAAAUCACAUUUAUAAAAGAUUUUGCAUUUUUCAAUAUUUUGGAAUUUUUUCCUGAUAGCUAUGAUGGGUCGAAAGAAAUAUAUAAGAUGAAAACAAAAAUAUUUUGAUUCUUGAUUUUUCUAUUUUUAUUGAAAAUACCUGUUCGUGCAAAAUGUCAAGUUGAUUGAUCGAACCUAUCCUUAUACAAUGAUUAUAUAAGUUAAUAUUUAACAAUCCGUCCUUUAUAAACUUCCAAUUGAAUGAACAAAAUCUUCUUCCUCUAAAUAUUAACAGAUGCCAGGUUAUCUCUUUUACAGUAAAAGUCCAAUAAUAUUUCAGAAUCAAAUUAGUAACCAUUUUCUUGAUAUAGUAAAUUUGAUUAAAGUCUUGUGUGUUUACUUUGAAAAUUAUUUUUAUAAAAUGCUAGGUUUUAUCAAUAGAAAUACGAAAGAGUUUAAAACCCCUAUUUGUUUAAAAACAUUUUAUGUGCCAUUAGUAAGAUUUAAUCUGUUUGGCUCACUUAUUUGGUCUUGUAAUUAUUCAAAAUACACAAAUGAUUUUGAUAAUGUCUAAUAUAAAUUUUUGAAGAGAAUUGCUUAUAUCUCCGAUAUACAUAUCACUAGAGAUACUGUUAAUGUUGUUGAAAACUUCUUGAGCCUAGACUCACUAAAUGCAAGAUGUAAAUUAAUAGAUAUUAUGUUAGUAUACAAUAUUUUGAACAACCUCAUUGACUAUCCUGAGCUAUUGGCUGAAAUUGGUUUCCGUGUACCAUGUAGAAACACUAGAAAUUUAGAUUUAUUUUUAGUUUUUAAUUAUAGUACCGUCAGUUGAAUUAAUAAAUUUCUUUAAAGAGAUUUUGUUUUGGUUAAUAAGAUUAACACAAAGUUAGAUUUUUUUUGUAUUUCCCCGCAAUAUUUUCAGAUUUAAGACUUUAAUAUUAAUUUUGAUAUAAUAGUAUUUAUGUUUGUCUUUAAGAUUUACUGUUAAAAAUAUUACAUUGGUUGUACAAUCUUGUAAAAAAGGCAUUUGCCUGUAUAUGUAUAUAUACCAGGUGAUUCAUUUAAAUGGGUAUACUCAUUAUCUCGGAAAGUAUUAACUUUUUCUGGUAUCCUAGUACAUUUAAUUAACAAGCUGCUUCAAAAUGUUAUGUUUGUGUUAUUUUUUAUCACCCUUAUUUUUGGGGGUAAAAUAACUACCUACUUUUGAUUUUCAAAUGGCUACCUACAUUAAAAAGUCCAUAAAUAGAUUGAGUAUUAGUUAAAAUAAAUUUUAGUGUUGAAAUUUUUUAUUUCUGUCAAGUCUUUGAAAAGAUAUACUACUUUUAAUUUUAGGUUGGAAAAGAAUAGUGGAUGUUCUAGACAACAAAUUUUUGAAUAAGUUAUUAUUUUCUGAGAUAAUGAGUGUACCCACUUAAAUGAAUCACCUGAUAUAUAUAUAUAUAAAUAAAUAAAUAUAAGCAUGCUAAAAUUACAUUUGUUUUAAUAAAAUUCAGUUGUUACAGAUUUUAUGUUAUAAGUGUGACUGAUUUGUAAUUAGUUAAAUUAAAACUGUGGCCAACAUUUAAGUGACUUAAUGUAAUUAGAUACUAUGUUGUAGAAUAAAGUUAAUGAUGGUAGUUAUAAAUCAAUAAUUGGUUGUAAUCUAUAUUAACAAUCUAUUGAUUUUCCAACAUUUAUCUUGGUUUAAAGUAAUUUAGUAUGUUUUAUAUUGUUUUGUUAAGGUUACUAUUCAUGGCGUAACACCCAAAAAGGCUCAUGGUUUAUGCAAGCUUUAUGUGAAGCUUUUAAUAAAUAUGGUUUUGAGCUGGAUCUUUUGACUAUGUUGACAUAUGUGAAUCGCAGAGUGGCUAUUGACUUUGAAUCAAAUGUUCCUAAUAAUACUUUAAUGCAUCAACAGAAACAAAUUCCUUGUAUUACAUCAAUGUUGACCAGGUUAGUUAAGUUUGAGAAAAAAAAUUAUAAGUAACCAUUUUAUAUAUAUUGAUAAUAUUUAUUUCUCUACUUUGUAAAUUAUUUAAGUACAUGCCAUUAGGUAUUUAUAAAAAGUCAUAUUGAUAUAAAAUAAAAAUACUAGUUCAAUAAACAUUUUUAAGUAAAAUAUUUGCGAAAAUAUAAAUAACUUGUAGUUUGAAUUAUAAUAUUCAGUAAGUAAAAUAUAUUAUAGAACAAAUAUGAUUAAUUGAUUUAUUGUGCUAAAUAUAGUCUGAACACUCAGAGUAAAUAAUCGAAUCUUUAAAUUACUAAAAAUAAGUCUACCUCUUUACCAUGACGGUGUUAAUAAAAUGUUAAAACAGAAUAUGUUAAGAUUUACCCUUAAUAAUUAGAGAAUCUCUUAUUGUGCUUUUAAGUGUUGUAAUAAUAACUUUUUCACAAACAUAUUUUUAUACAAACUAGUUUUAUUUAAAAGAAUAUGUACAUUUUAAUAUUUUGUUUUUAAUUUUUAAAACUUUUUAUUUAAUUUUUAUAUAAACUGGCAGUGUUAAAUUCAACUAUAUUAUUAAAUUAUAAAAAGCAACUAUUUGCUCAAACCAGUCUUUCAAAUUGAGUGUUAUAAUAUUAAAAUAAUUAAUUUAAACAUUUUUGCCAAUACAUUGUAAUUAUUCUGACAUUUCUUAAAUUUAAAUUUUAUACUUACUAUUUUUAACAAUUUGCUCUUAAUUUUAUUACAUUUUAUAUUUUGUCUUGAAACUUAGGAUAGAAAACGU